UUCUCUCUCCCUGCUUCACUCAUUUCUUCUCAAUACCAUGCCCCCUCCGCCUGACGCUACCACCCACCAGACACAGAAGCCGCCACCGGAAAACCAACAUAAAGGGUAUUCAAUUCACUCUUCAAGAUCCCUUAUGCUUGGUUUUUGCAGCUCCAGCAUGAGUUUUUUCGCUCAUAAAUAUGGGAUUUUUUCUCUCUCCAUCUUCUUCCUUCUUUCAUCUUCGUUCGCCGUCGCUCAAUCACCCAACGGCACGCAGGUACCUUACAGCUAUGCUCGUGUUAGUCCUACGAUGGCUGUAAUCAUCGCCAUCUUAAUUACCGCUCUCUUCUUCAUGGCGUUUUUUACUAUUUACAUGCGCCACUGCUCCGACAGCCGAGGCGGAGGGAGCGUGCGGGCACUAACCAACUUGGGUCGCUCCAUACGAGCCGCUGCAUCGCGUGGGCUUGAUCAUGCCGUCAUCCAGACAUUCCCUACUUUGGUGUACUCUGAGGUGAAGGAUCUCAAGAUAGGGAAAGGAGCGCUAGAAUGCGCUGUUUGCUUGUGUGAAUUCGAAGAUGAUGAAACGCUGCGUUUAAUUCCUAAAUGCGAUCAUGUGUUUCACGCUGAUUGUAUCGACGUUUGGCUAGCUUCUCACACCACUUGUCCUGUUUGUCGAGCUAAUUUGACACCGCAACCAGGUGAACCGUCGCUGCAACUUAACGAUUCACCGCCACAGUCGGACCUCGAAGCUCAAAACCAUGCUGAAGUAGUAUUAGAACCAGAAGUCUGCGAUCAUAACGACGGAAAUGUUGAAGUGACAGCGCCGGAGCCUGAGGUUAUGAGCGCGAACCAAACUUUGAACAGGAACCGCACGCGUGGAUCGAGAUCCGGUAGGCCACGUAGGUUCCCGCGUUCACACUCCACUGGGCAUUCUCUGGUCCAACCGGGCGAGAACACGGAGCGGUUCACUCUGAGGUUACCGGCUGAUGUUAGGAAGCAAAUAAUGAACCGGGAAUUGAACCGGACUAUGAGCAUGGUGGUGUUUUCAAGAGAACGGAGUUCAAGGAGGGGCUAUAAGGGCGAAGGCGAAGGAAGCAAUAGAGGGAAGUAUAAACGGCUUGAGCGUUUGGACCAGGGAGCUAAGUCGGACCGGUGGGUUUUUGGUGCGGCCCCACCAUUUUUAGUAAGAGCCUCAUCAAUUUUGACGAGAGCAUCAUCCACAGUAAAGUCGCCAAAAGUAGCAGCCAAUGACGAAGAAGGGACUUCGGCUCAACCGGUUGGGUCGUAUAAUGUGGCUGAACCAAAUCGACCUCCAGUUUAAUAGUAAAUUUUGGUUGAUUUUUCCUUUUGAAUAUGUGAAAAACGUUAAUAGUAUUUAGUCUCCCUUUUUAAAAUAA